ACGGCACGGGUGCGUGUCAGAAGUCAGAAGACGGCACCGGCGGCCGUCUUGAAUUGGUCCGUGCGGCGGCGGCGGCGGCGGGAGGAGGAGGUAGGCGAGGGGAUGGCGCAGCCGAGCAAGGAGCCGUGCAAGAAGGAGGCGUGCGACAUCCAGGCCUGUCUCUCCAAGAACAUUUUCGACUCCAGGAAGUGUGUGAAAGUUAUUCAGUUACUUCAGUCAUGUUGUGAGCAGUGUGAGUACAAAUCAACACACUGUGGUUCCUUGUCUGGAUUACUUAAGAACAUUUCAAAGUGAGGAAACAAUGCUGAUACUGCAACGAUUGAAUAAAAGUUCUUUUCGGUUAGCUUAGGAGUUCAGGGGGGACAUCAAUCUCUCUUAUGGAUUAAGGAUGACUCGUAGGGGCAUCUGUAAUGCGGCCAUCCUCAACCUGAAUUAUGCUCUGGUUGCUUGGUUAUUUUGUACUGAGUUGAACGGCGGAUAAUUGUUUCUUUAUGAUCGAUUCUGGCAUCUGUUUACCUUUGGUACCCUUCAUAGUUGUGCUCCUCUACACAUGUAAUCCCGGUUCCCUUCUUGAACAGCUAAAUAAGUGAACCCACCCCAUGUAUACUGUACAAUUAUCCAUACAGAGAUGUUGUAGUGACCGCCGAAGUUUUUUGUGCCAUUUCAGUGCUCACCCUGCCAUACUCUGUGGCAAGAACCUCAAAA